ACCAAGUACAAAAUGUGUCAAUAGAAUCAAUAUUGCAGCUUAUUUUUUGCUUCAUAUUCAUAAAAUAAAAUUCAUCGUGUCAUUUGGCGGUUAAGCCUUUACAAAUGUAUAACACAUCCCGAAUCACCGAGUAGUUUAAAAUCUAUACGAACAGAAGUGAUUCAAUUGAGAGAAGAAAAAGAAAUGCAGUGUGUCGUGAAAACAACUUAAAUGGGUUUGUCAUACAAAACAACAAAUUGAAAGUAGAAAAUCGAAAACAUUGUCAAGCAGUGAAAAUGAUUUAGUUGAUAAACAAACUACGAAAACGGCUUCAUACGAACAACUCAUGAAUGUAACUUGAAAUACCGCAAAAAUACAACAAAAGUUCAUCUGAAAAUCAAUUGAAAACAAACGCGACCAGCAAUUGAUUAUACAAAGUAGUUCUCAUCAAUUGAUAACAAGGAGUGAAAAUGAUUCAAUGCUCUAUUUAAAUCAUCACAUAUCUCUCAUAUUCAUCAUAUAAAGCAAUAAUAAUGAAUAAUGCCACUGAUAACUAUUAUUGGAACAUCUCGCAAUUAUUUACAUUGGAUAACAGAUCAACAAUCAACACAACGGAAAAUAUUUAUUUAGUCGAGACAACCUGUUGUACAAUCGAACCGGAUUUCUCCGUGUAUUUAGAGCGUUUGGAAAGAGAUCGUUUGGGUUUAUUAGCAUUUCUUUUUUUAUUUUCGUUUGCAACGGUGUUCGGCAAUUCAUUAGUUAUAUUAGCGGUUAUUCGGGAACGUUACUUACAUACUUCAACCAAUUUAUUUGUGACGAGUCUGGCGGUGGCUGAUUGUCUCGUGGGCUUAGUUGUAAUGCCAUUUUCAGCAUUAUACGAAGUGCUAGAGAACACAUGGUUUUUUGGAACUGAUUGGUGUGACAUUUGGCGAUCGCUCGAUGUAUUAUUUAGUACUGCUUCGAUUUUAAAUUUAUGCGUUAUUUCGCUCGAUCGCUACUGGGCUAUAACUGAUCCAUUUUCGUAUCCAAUGCGAAUGACCCGAAAACGAGCCGCGGCUCUAAUUGCAGCUGUUUGGGUAUGCUCGGGAGCAAUUAGUUUUCCGGCGAUUGUGUGGUGGCGGGCAGCAAGAGAAAAUGGAAUGCCACCGUAUAAAUGUACCUUCACCGAGCACUUAGGAUACUUAGUAUUUUCGUCCACAAUUUCUUUUUAUCUUCCCUUACUGGUAAUGGUUUUUACAUAUUGUCGCAUCUAUCGUGCUGCCGUUGUACAAACGAGAUCGUUAAAGCUGGGCACAAAACAGGUGCUGAUGGCGACAGGUGAACUGCAAUUACGAAUUCAUCGCGGUGGAACAACCCGCGAAGGUCAUCACCAACACCAUCAUUCACAUUCAGCUACAGCCACCUCAACACCUGAAGAGCCUGAAGAAGAACCGCUUUCAGCAUUACAGAACAACGGAUUACACGGAGGAGCACGUUAUCGACAAAAUAUGGGAAAAAACUUUUCAUUGUCGCGAAAAUUAGCGAAGUUUGCGAAAGAAAAGAAAGCGGCAAAAACUCUUGGUAUUGUCAUGGGUGUUUUCAUCAUUUGUUGGCUUCCGUUUUUCGUCGUCAAUUUACUUUCUGGAUUUUGUAUACAAUGCAUUGAACAUGAAGAGAUCGUAUCGGCAGUUGUCACGUGGCUUGGUUGGAUCAACUCUAGUAUGAAUCCCGUCAUUUAUGCUUGCUGGAGUCGCGACUUUCGAAGAGCGUUCGUGAGAAUUCUCUGUGUAUGUUGUCCUCGGAAAAUUCGACGGAAAUAUCAACCAACGAUGCGUUCAAAAUCACAGUGUCAUGUGGCUGCUAUGGUCGCUGCAUCGGCAGCAAGCUACUCAUCCAUGAAUCAAUAUGGAAAUCGAUCAUGACGGUAUCUGAACAGCUGCAGCUCUUGUGAUAGUAUGGAUGGAACGCGCAGUAUACAAACAAUUAAUAACCGACAUCAUUGUCAUCGUUUAGCCCAUCAGCAAUAUUUUCACACUCGAAAGCCAGCUUUAAAACGACAAAAACGGUGCACCUUUGCCACAACAACCACAGUGGCCGAGGCAACAGGUCGAGCUAGUACAUCAGAUAUAGAAGAAAUGGUAACAAUGGGUCGUAGCAACAGCAUCAAUGAAAUCAACGAUUGUUAAAAUCUCAAAUAAUCAUAAUUCAAACAGCAGCGAAAAUCAACAACCAGAAUAUCAAAGUAAAACCGGAAAUCAUUAAUACACUUCAAAUUUUGAGUACCCACCCAAAGAAAUGUACGUAAAACAUUCUUUCUCGCCCAUUCGUCAAUUAAAUUUCUUGCAUUUUUCCUGUGUGUCAACAACAUUCACUAUCUCUACGUAUGAUAUAGUGUGAUUGUGGUAAAAAAUAUAUAUAUGAAAGUCUAUCUCUUAGUGAGGCGAAGAUGGUGGCCAGUCAAAUCAGUGGACAUUUAUUUGAAAUGACCAACAUUAUCUUCAUUAUCAUCACUUUGUGUGUAUGUGCCAAAGUCAAAGUUAAACAACAAUGCUAAUUAACUAGACUCAAUGAAUAUUGCGAAUUUUAGAUAUAAACAAAACUAAAUUAAAAAUUUUAUUUUUUACAAACACAAAAUAUGUUUUAUAUGUAUAUGAAAGAUCUUUAAUACAGAAACUCAAACUACAAUAAUGGUAACAAUAACAGAAUUUACAGUACAGAGUACAUAUAUACGUGAAGUAUGAGCGCCAUAAAUUUAAAAUAAAUGGUGCUUACAAAUUAAGACGCAAAUAUUUUUAGUCAUAAAUAAGUGAAUAAGUAUGUACAAUAGUUACAAGAACGUCAAUUUCAUGGCAAAUCAACUAAUGCUGAAGAAUAUUUUCAACGAUAUGCUAAAUUCUGGAGCCAAUCAUGAACAAUUAGCCGAAACUCUUAAUUUUAUUGAUGAGAUUUGGGAAACGUGAAAGUUUGAAAAUUGUGCCCAUAUUACGAAAAAAAUGUUACAUUUAAUUUUUUUUUUCGAAAAUCUAGAACAUUUGAAUAUAAUUCAGAAAAAAGUACAGAUUUUUUUAAUAGUUCCGAAGAAGGGAUUAAUUCAAAUUACGAGAUCAAAUAAAAAGAGUCUUACAUCCGAAGGGCGAAAGAAAUAAAUUGUGACGAUGGUGAUGCCCUACAGAAAUAAUAUAAACUAUAUGGAGAAUUUAAGGGAAAGUCUGUUUGAAUACAUGACAUUACCUUAUCAUCGAGAGAAAUUCGGGCACAAAACUCCCCCGAAACUAAGCCCCCGUUAGCACGUCUGAUUAUUUGUGUUACUAUUUUCCGAUUUGCUUCCUUUUUAACUCUUCAAUUUAUUUUUGAGAAACCAAAUCCCCUUUACAUUUUAGGAGAAUUUAGAAAUUAACCCCCUUCGCCCCCUUGGAUCGCCAAUGUCAGGAGUCCUUCUCCCAGCCUUCCGUCUCUCUACCUCCUCUUUUCUGCUGACUUUCCCAGUUGGUAUCGCAUGUUUGUUAUUUUCCUCCGAAAUUCAAAAUGAUAAAAAUACUUUCGAUUCAAACACAUUUCAAAUUACAUUUCAAAAUAUCUCACCUCAACAUCCGCUUCAUCAGCAGCGACGCGUUGCAGACAAUCACGUUCAUUUCAUUCGGAUCGAUGCCAAUAACAUAUUUCUUGCUGUACAAUGUACAUUUUCGUUGCAUGUUUGCUUUGGUUUUGGUGUACCAGUACUUACGGAAACACUAUUGGGCACGAUUUGAUUGUUUGCCCAUUUGAUUGAUUUUAUCGACGUUGAGCGACAAAUUCCAUAGAUCCGCUGGAUGAUCUCUGUAUUGUUUUCGGUGAUUUUCCGGAUAAAUCCGGUUGGAUUUUGGAAUAUGGCCACACAAUUUAGCUCAUUCGCCAAUUUUGUUUUAUACAUGUCUCUCAUACUCGCUCUUCAAAUGGAAAUCACAUUAACGGUAUAAGAGCAAAAGUGUUUAUUUUCGGUGGGCGAUUGUUUGUUGGCUUUUCAUGUGUGGAUUGCGGCUUAAUAUUUCGUGAAUAGUAUUCCAUUGUUUGGCAUCACUGUGAAAACCUUCUAUUUGCGUACUUGCGUGUUACCUCCGCAAAAUUGAUUAAUUUGAUACAGUUUUUCGCCACAGUCGCCAAAUUCACACUUGAGGUGUGAUUGAACUGCCGCAACGCACUCAAACUUAACAUAGAAGUGGGUGAAGCGCUUUUGAGUAUUGACAUCGACCGGAAUAUAACUUCCCAUCCAAAAAAAAAAUCAAUUAUUUUUAUUUCUGCUGGAUUUGUGGAAAAAGUCAAUGUUCACUGAUUAGUAAGUCUUCAAGAAAAAAUGUCCUUUAUUUGCAUCAAGAACAAAAAAAAGUUCAAGAAAAUUUGAGUGCGCACUCAAUUAGAUGAGGCUGGGAGAGAGUCAAUAUUGUGAUUGUUCAGAAGCGUAUGAAUCAGUCGCGAUAGACGAAGUUAUAGAAGUGUCGUAAUGAAUAAAGCAGCCUGCAAGCCGAAGACAUUAAUGAUCUUUGAGUAAUUGUUGUGAUUGUUUUUGUUGCACAAACUAUGAUCUUUUCGAGAUGUUUAUUUCCGUUUAUUUACUAUUGCUCUUGUUAUGAAACUUUGAGGAAGUCGGUAGGCAACAUUAUGGAGACAAAAAUUAUGAGGAGACUCGACUAACUAAGGGGAAAUAAAUAUAGCUGCUGUAUUUCAAACAAAUGUGAAAAGUAUUUGUGUAAAAUUUAUUUUGAAUUAAAGUCCUAAUCCAAAGUCAGUUUCUAUUAAUACACAGAUAAACACUGACUUUAUGUGUUUGAAAUACAACAGUUGUUCGGCAGAGACGUGAGAUUUUUGUGGUGUCACGUUAGUUGAAUUUUCUGACAUUAAAUCAUCUCAGAUUUAAGACAUUUCGAUAAUAAACAAAUAAAGUUCUCACACAAACUAAAUAAAAAGAAAAACACAUUUAAAAAAAUAAAUUUUGCUUCAAAGAAUUCGGUUCAAGUAAAGAUAUAUUUUUAAUAAAGCAU